ACCUGUGAGUAAUUUGAGCAUGGCAGCCACGUAGAUGUGUCCAGGUACUGCUGGCACCAUGGGAAUACGACCUUGCUGCAUGUUGAACAGGUUUUAGGGGCAUCUGUCCAUUCCAGUUGCUUAAAAGGCAAAAUUAAUUGAAGGUCGCCCUCCGUGCCUUGAGUUCCACCUACAGACCACUGCAAGGUGUGGAGCUACUUGUAUUCUAUUUUGUGUAGCCUCUCCCCAGUCCCUAGGUUUGCCUGACCCUGAACCGAGCACAACAAUCCCUGAGUGGUGACCACAACCAGCAGUUCACCUAUAUCACCGUGGCCAGAACGGAGUCAAGUCAUCGUGGAACUGGUGCUGCGGGCAGCCUCACCGUGGACCGAUCGACUGGAGUCAUCCCUGGUCAAUCUCGCGCACGCACCGAGACUUUGGAAGAACACCUAGAAGAAGUGGUGUUUGAAGGAGUCUACUCCAGUGCCUGCUCAUCAAGUGGAUGGAGCUAUCUAACUAAAGGUUGGGUAGAAGGAUCUAGAACCUCUUCUCUGCAACAAAGGCACCAAGGGGGAAAAAGGAAAGAGUAUUGGCGCAAACCUUGGGCUUGCUGGAGCAAUCCCCAAAGCCGGGUUAGCAGCAGGAGCGACGAGCCCAAACCUUCCUACCCCUCGUCGUCCUCGGCUAAUCCGCCGCGCCUCCGAUACUCCCAAGGCAGCGCCCGCCAGCUGCAACAACAGCAUCAGCAAGCGAGGAGUAGCCACCAGCCCACCACGAUCUCAUCAGACUCCUCUCAAAUCCUCCCGCCCACUCUCCAUUUCCCUCCCCUCCCCCGCCACCCUGCAAUGGCCGGUCUCCUCCACCUCCAGUCCACGCUUCUCCCAUCGGCGUCCGCGCUCCGCCGCCGUGCAGGCGUGCCGGUGCCAUCCUCGUCCCGCCGCCGAUGCCGGAUUGAGGCCAAGAUCCGGGAAAUCUUCAUGCCAGCGCUCAGCUCCACCAUGACCGAGGGCAAGAUCGUCUCCUGGACCGCCGCUGAGGGCGACCGCCUUGCCAAGGGCGACCCCGUCGUCGUCGUCGAGUCCGACAAGGCCGACAUGGACGUCGAGACCUUCUACGACGGCUUCCUCGCCGCCGUCCUCGUGCCCGCUGGCGACUCAGCGCCCGUCGGCUCCGCCAUCGCGCUGCUUGCCGAGUCAGAGGAGGACAUCCCAGUGGCCCAGUCACAGGCUGCCUCCUUCUCCUCCACGUCCCCCUUACCGUCGCCUCCGCAAGAAACUGCUGCUCAAGAAGCAUCCCCUUCCCCGCCGCCACCUCCUCCCCCAGGGCCGGUGUCAGUCUCUGCUCCCACGCCGCCUUUGCCAGCAACACAAGGCGAGCGUGUGGUUGCUUCACCCUACGCCAAGAAGCUCGCCAAGGACCUCGGCGUUGAUCUUUUCUCAGUCACGGGGUCAGGCCCCUGUGGGCGAAUUGUGGCCAAGGAUGUCGAGGCUGCGCUUGCUGCGCCCAAGAAGGCCGCACCAGUGACUGCUCCACGGCCGGAUGUGCCAUUGGGGUCGACGGUACCAUUCACGACAAUGCAGGGUGCUGUCAGCAAGAACAUGGUGGAGAGCCUUGCCAUCCCGACAUUCAGGGUCGGAUACACCAUCACAACUGAUGCUCUUGAUCAGCUCUACAAAAAAAUUAAGUCGAAGGGGGUUACAAUGACAGCACUGUUGGCUAAGGCGACAGCAAUGGCGCUGGUUCAGCAUCCUGUGGUGAACUCCAGCUGCAGGGAUGGGAAGAGCUUCACCUACAGCAGUAGUAUCAACAUUGCCGUGGCAGUGGCCAUAGAUGGUGGGUUGAUUACACCAGUUCUUCAAGAUGCUGAUAAGCUUGACAUUUAUUCAUUGUCAAGGAAAUGGAAAGAGUUAGUUGAUAAGGCGCGAGCAAAGCAGUUGCAGCCCCAUGAGUACAACUCUGGCACGUUUACUCUCUCGAAUCUUGGUAUGUUUGGAGUUGAUAGGUUUGAUGCAAUACUGCCACCUGGAACUGGAGCAAUCAUGGCCGUCGGGGCAUCAGAACCCACCAUUGUUGGUACAAAAGAUGGUAGAAUUGGGAUCAAGAAUCAAAUGCAGGUAAAUGUUACCGCCGAUCAUCGGGUUAUUUAUGGAGCUGACCUUGCUGCUUUUCUGCAAACACUUGCCAAGAUAAUUGAGGAUCCCAAGGAUCUUACAUUCUGAAUGUCCCAACUGAUUGUUUUUCCCUGAGGCAAUCAAAACCGGGUGCUUCUUACCUAUCAGUAGAUGUGUAGUUUGUCUUCUGUUUAUGUGAUUAGGUGUUUUAAGCUGUCACCAAUGUCAGCAUCAGGUAAAUUUUCCCUGUUGGUUACCUUAUUAUCAUCGGUUUGUGUUUCAAUAAAAUUCUUUUUUUUGUCUUGCUUAACUAAAAUAGGUGUAUCUACCAUUUUUACUGGACGUUUCAUGGAUAGUGGAUUUUGUUGAGCUCCUCAAUGUACCGUAUCCUUGUGGGAUACAAAGAAUGAAAUGUACCUUGUACCACCCUGUGGUUGAUUUCU